AUGCGCAUUUGGAGUUCCCAGCGGUCAGAGGACGCGUUCCAGAAGACCAUCGAGGAAGCCGUAGCAGUGGACAAAGCUGGAAAAUACGCGGAAGCAGUGGAUUUGUAUGCGCUGGGUAUCGAGAAAAUGAUGGCGCAUCUUGCGCAGAUACCUGACGAUGAUGCAAAGGCUAUUAUGCGCGGUAAGAUAAACGAGUAUAUGAUGCGCGCUGAGUACUUGAAGGACUGGACUGCAAAGCAGGCGCGAAAAGAAACUCAGAUUUCAUCUGCAGCUACCACGAGCAUUAAAAAUGCUCGCGUUGCGAGUGAACGACAGAAAGCAGGGUACUCGAAACAGCAUGCGCAGCUUGCUCAUACGAUAUUAGACGAUGUCCUUGACCACUCGCCUGGCGUACAUUGGAUGGAUAUUGCCGGGCUGGAAGUUGCGAAGCAGAUUUUGCAGGAGGCCGUCAUUUUGCCUACAAUGCGUCCGGAUUUAUUCACAGGCUUACGAGCGCCGCCUCGAGGGGUGCUGUUGUUCGGACCACCCGGCACAGGAAAAACAUUGCUCGCCAAAGCUGUUGCUACAGAGGCCAAGGCAACCUUUUUCAAUAUUUCUGCGUCGUCCUUAACAUCAAAAUGGGUUGGAGAAGGUGAGAAAUUGGUCAGAGCACUAUUCGACAUGGCUCGUGAAUUGCAGCCAUCUGUUGUAUUCAUGGACGAGAUGGAUGCUUUACUGUCGACAAGGUCAGCAUCUGAGAAUGAUGCUAGUAGAAGAAUCAAGAACCAGUUCUUUACUGAGCUGGAUGGAGCUGCUUCAUCACAAGACGAUCGAAUUCUUGUCAUGGGAGCAACAAAUCUUCCGCAGGAACUCGACGAGGCUAUAAUUCGGCGUUUGGAAAAGCGCAUCUAUGUGCCCCUACCAGGUCCUUCAUCUCGUGAAGGACUUAUCCGACAUUUACUUCGUAGCCAAAAAUCCUCGUUAUCGUCAAACGACUUUAGGUACAUCGUGAAGGCAACAGAAGGAUACUCAGGAAGCGAUCUUAAGGCUGUUUGCAAGGACGCUGCAUUAGGCCCAAUUCGUGAGCUUGGAGAAAAGGUAGCAGACGUGAAGGCUGAAGAUGUGCGAGGUAUUAUUGCAUCCGACUUUAGGGUGGCACUGACGCGUGUCCGUCCAAGCGUAUCUGCCAGAACGAUCGAUGAUCUAAUUGCGUGGAACGAGCGAUUUGGAGUGUCUGCAGUGUGA